GUGUGGGACAGAUGUCUCUGCGAUCGCAUCGCAAACCCAUUCCCAGCCUUUCCUAUUGUAUCGCCAUUUGUGUGGACACGAGUUCAGCACUGAUUGUGUUAAUUAUUUCCUAAACUCGAGGAAGCGAUCGAAAUAUCAUCGAAAUGGUGGCCGAGAAGAAGUCGAAGAAGACGUUAGAGAGCAUUAACUCGCGGUUAGCUCUAGUGAUGAAGUCCGGCAAAUAUAGCUUCGGUUAUAAACAGACUCUUAAGACACUUCGUCUGGGCAAAGCAAAACUGGUGAUCAUUGCCAACAAUACACCGCCGCUGAGGAAGUCUGAGAUCGAGUACUACGCGAUGUUAGCGAAGACAGGGGUUCACCACUAUUCCGGAAAUAACAUUGAA